GCUUCUCUCACACAGUCAGCUCAGAAUAACAGAGUCUAUUAGAUGUCAAUUCUCCCUGAUGAGAUCCUGCUAGGUAUCGCAGAACAACUCUCUGCUGAAGCUCUAACACCGCCUAAGCACUUUGAAGAAUGGCAGCUUGCCACGAGAACGCUCGCAAACCUAUGUCUGGUGUCGAGAACGAUGUGCAGCUUCGCACAGCCUGUGUUAUAUCGCUCAUUUGUUAACGAUUACGAUGUCUUUGAGCAAUAUGCUGAUGAAGAUGAUUCUGAUCUGAGGUCACCCACCUCCCUGGAGUACUUCCUUCGUACCCUGCUGGACCGCCCGGAUCUUGCAGGCCAAGUGCGCUCUCUUCGGCUACAAAACUUACAAGUUGAGGACGAAGAACUAGAGGUCCGAGACGAGCUUUCGUCUCCGAACGAGGAGCUGCUGGACAGUUUUAUCGCGGCCACCUCUGAAUCGGUAGUCUCUGACCAUCAACCGGAAAAUCACGAAUGGCAAGAACGUUGGCGCAACAAUCUUGCUACCGGGUUAGUCAACGCAGAAGCCACAUUGCUCCUGACAGUGGUUCAUGAUCUGAAACUGCUGGACGUCGAGACGUGCACGGCUGAUGUUGGAGGAGAUAUCCACUCACUUUUCCAACAAAUCUUCGGCAACGUGGCCUUUGAGGAAGACAAACAACUAGCUUCAGACGCCAUGACCAGUUAUGUUUUGAGGAACCAGAAGCUACUUGCUGGGUCUUCUCCAAUACUUCCUCGUCUGGAGACGCUGAUCAUGCGACAAGCGGAAUUCAGUGACAGCCUUGACCUCUCCCAUUGCCUAAACAUGAUCACCAUACCUACACUCAAAUCACUCUUCGUCCAUGGAUGCGAUAUAUGCUUCGAUCAAGACCCAGCACGAUAUCACUUCCCUUUCCAGAACCUUCGGAACUUGCAUUUGGAAAACAUGAAUAUUGGCCCCUCGGCUCUGAGCUCUCUCGUUGAAGAUUGCAGCCACCUUCGAUCACUGGCACUCUUGUUUCCUGAAAUGGCAGACAAUGUUGACAUCAGGCAGGAUUUCCUUGAUAAGCUCGCACAGCGUUCUGAGACACUUGAAAGCCUGCAACUUGUCAUACCUGAUAAAUACUACGGAAGUUUUCCUGACAAUCUCUUUGACGUCCGCCGUCUCAUAAAAUUAAAGCUAUUGGAGAUCAGCCAGCGCGCCUUGUUACCUAAGUCUGGCACGCAUACUCCGGAGCCGAAGUUCCAUGACCUAAUACCUUCUUCCGUGGAGCAGCUGAUCCUUCGCUGGGUGGAAGAUGAUAUGACUCCUUACCUGACACGAUUCGUGGACAUGCAGAGCUACAACGAGUUUCCAAAUCUCAAAUACAUCGAGCUCGUCAAGACGAGACGGCUCAAUAUCUCAAUGCUCGAACGAGCGAAGAGUGCUCGCUCGACCUGGAUAGCCAUCCGCGACCGGUUCGAGAAGAUGUGUAAUCAGGCCGGCAUCGGGUUCAAGGUGUGGUCUGAAGAAGAAAAAUACGAUUUCGAGAACCCGAUCGAUGGGGAAGUGCUUGAUCGAAUCAAUGCAGAGUAUCCUGCCCCUGGAGCUUGACGGGGAGGAAAGGGAUGCAUGAUCAAGGUCAGAAACCAUACAUGUACGUUCACACAGCUCAUACUAUCUAUGCAGCCAUGAAUGAUCGUGUGUUGCAAUCUGUUUCGAUUGAUGCGAAGGUCAUACCGGUCGGUCGCCGGAAGAUUCAUCUGGCGAUGUAGCGAUCGCAGUCUCAAUGACACCACUUCCAGUGCCCUUGGCCUGCCAAACAGCACUAACACCCUUGAGCAACAAUCCCAACAUCGUCACCUCUGAAGCAACGAAAAUGGAAAAUC